AAGGAAGCUGCAGAGAAAUAUCCUUCCACUGGAGAAAGAAUCUCUCCAAUGCAAAGCAUUUCCAAAAAGCCAUCCUUUUUCUUCUUUCCCUUCUCUUCUUGAAAUCAUGUAUUAAAGGCCUUUGUGUUUGUGUCUUUGUUACAUCCAAUUAUCAAUCCUUCCUUUCUUCACAUAAAAGAACAUGUCAUUGGUCCCUCGUUCUCGCCCUCGAGUUAUUGUCAAUGGAGUCCAGAGAACGAGGACAUACCAUUACUACUGGUGCAGACAUUGCCAAAGAUCCAUUAGGACAACUUCAGCCAAUCCAUUUGAAAUUUUAUGUCCUCAUUGUUUUGGCCAAGUUUACUAUGAACUUGAUGUUACAAGGCCUAGGCUUGUACUUUCUGAUGUCACAAGGCUACAACCACAACCAUACGCGAAUUCUCGCCUUCUUGAUGCGUUGGCACUCAUGGUUGAUCCAUCAAUCAGGCAACAAAACAACAAUGGUGCUGAAAGUCAUGGGAGAACUAGACAACGUGCUCGUGUCCUCCUCCAGUUUAUUGGCCCUGAUGAUCAGCCUAUUAGGCCUGUCUCUCCUAAUGAGAACGCGUUUUCCUUGCCAUCCAUUCAAGAAUUUACUCAGAACGAUAGGCCAGGGCCGCCUCCAGCUCCAUCUUCAGCAAUAGAUACGUUGCCAGGAAUUGUGCUAUCACCAAACCAUUUGGAAAAUGAUUCUGUUUGUCCUGUUUGCAAGGAUGAGUUUGAAGUUGGGAUAGAAGUUAAGGAGUUACCUUGCAAUCAUUUUUACCACUCUGAAUGCAUUGUUCCAUGGCUUAGACUCCAUAAUACUUGUCCGGUUUGUCGGUAUCAGCUGCAAGGAUUCUCAAACAUUAAUGAGGACCAAAAUGGUUACACUAAUGAAUUUAGCGAACAGGAAGAGGAGGAGAACAUGCAGAAUCCUCUAAUUUGGGGUUGGACUCAGCUUACCUCUCUUUGGCCUUUUAGUAUGAUGGCAAGUUGGAGAGACAGAUACUUUUAACACUUUUGAGACUACACCUUUGGCUUUUCCUCGAGGGAGAGCUUGGUGGAAUCCUUGGAUUUUCCCUUGAUAAUUGUUGCUGCUGAAUUGAUUCCUUAUUUCAUUUAGAAACAGUACAUAGUAGUUUGCGUUUAUCAUUCUUUGCUUCAAUAGGAAAUGGACAGGUAUGUUAACAAGUAUCUUUCUGAAUCUGAGAAUGGGGUCCAAAGACUAUAUUCAUAAGGUAUGCGUCCAUCAUUCCCUCUCAGUCUAACAAUAUUUUUAAAAAUACAUUAUUAUUGCAAAUUAACUUGAUAUUAUAGGUUGCUAUUCCAUUAUUUAGUUUAUUGCAUCAAAUUUACUAUGAAAAGCUACUUGUUGGUAUAGGCAGAAUGGAAGCAAGUUGUUGUCAGGGAAGUUUAAUUAAAGUUCCUCACAAAUAGGGUAAAAUCAUUUAUUUUUUUUUCUGCUAUAUAUAAGUUGUAUAGUCUGUCUAAAACACAAGUGCAUUAAUACAACGAACGCAAACUUUGCUCCUAGGUCACGGGUACAAAUCCAAUAUGUGACAUAGACCUUUUUUUCUCUCCUAAUAUCUUUAUAUGAUAAUUAGACAAAGUUCACACACUAUUUAUGAAAUUAAUCCUUUACUAAUGGCUUCUAGAUUUCAAGGACA